CACUUCACACCCACUCUUUGUCUCUCCCAACUCAAAAGUGUUGCAAUUCCCACUCCAGUUUGAGGUAAAGUUGCCACCUUUAUCCCCAAAGCCUUAGAAUUUUGGGUUCUGGGUUUUUGUUUUUCUGUGUUUUUCUUGCUGGGAAAUUGUUACUUUGCUUAAUUCCGUUUCUGGGUAGCUUGAAUUUGAUUGAAAGUUUGUUACUUUGCCUGGAAAUUAACAUUUUACCAUAUGGUGGUAGUUUAGGAAACAUAUAUAUAUGGGGUGCUGUGUUGUGGAGACUCCAUGCUCAUAUUAGUUGGAAGCAUGCAGGGAACAAUGGUGUCCUUAGCUUCCCUUGUUAGUUUAGGAAGUGUUGUUACGCUUGCGGGUUCAUCCGAAAGGUCUGGCUCGCUUGUUAGGAAAGUUUCCUUGUCCAAGACUAGUUUUAGGGGUAAUAGGAGAUGGCAUUGUGUGAGGUUGUCAGUUUGUAAAUUUUCAGUCACAACAACUGAUUUCGUUGCUGAGCAUAGCAAUGAGGUUUCUGUUGAUUCUAACUUUAGAGGAAGUGGUAAUGAUGGUUCUGUUGCCAAUGCUGAUUGUGUACUUAAGCCGGCGCCAAAGCCAGUGUUGAAGCCCUCUGGGGGGUCCAAUGCUGAGCCGCCCCUUUUGAGCCUUAAUGCUGCUGAAUGGGAGGCCUCGAGAACUGGUGGGGAUUCAGAUGUAGAAGAGGAAGAUAGUAGUAAGGUGAUUGAGUCACUUGGAGAGGUUUUGGAGAAGGCUGAAAAGCUUGAAGUUCCAAAAGUGGGUGAUUCGAGUAAGAAUGUCAGUAGACCUGUAAAUAGACCUGUGCCAUCUAAUACAAAUACUACUUCAGGAAAUGCUAGACCAGUAAACUCGACGGCUAGUACCAAGGCUAAAACUUUGAAGAGUGUGUGGCGUAAAGGAGACACAGUUGCAGCUGUGCAAAAGGUUGUAAAGGAAGUACCUAAGGUUAAUAAUACAGUUUGGAGAGAAGAACCAAAAACAGGGGGAGGGGUAAAGGUCGAGUCUCCAGCCCGUGCUCCUUUUAGACCUCCUGCUCCACCUUUGAGACCUCAACCAACAUUACAAGCAAAGCCUUCCACAGCUCCUCCACCCACGAUAAAGAAACCUGUAGUUUUGAAGGAUCUUGGGGCAGCUCCAAAGUCAGAAGUGAUUGAUGACACUGGUUCACCCACAAAAACUAAAGAAAGGAAGCCGAUUUUGAUUGACAAAUUUUCUACCAAGAAGACAGGGGUCGAUUCUGUGGUUGCUCAAGCAGUUUUAGCUCCUUCAAAACCAGCCAAGGGCUCUCCGCCUGGCAGAUUCAAAGAUGGGUUCCGGAAGAAAAAUGCUCAACCCGGAGGACUACGAAGGCGGAAGGCUAAUGAUGAGCUUACUGAUGAUGAGAGUUCAGAACUCAAUGUCUCUAAAGCAGCAAGGAAAGGGAGGAAGUGGAGUAAAGCAAGCAGGAAGGCGGCGAGACUCCAGGCUGCCAAAGAUGCGGCUCCUGUUAAAGUUGAAAUUCUAGAGGUUGAGGAAGAUGGCAUGUUGAUAGAUGAAUUAGCCUUCAAUUUGGCUGUUAUGGAAUCCGAAAUUCUUGGAUCUCUGUACUCAAAGGGAAUUAAACCUGAUGGGGUUCAAACUCUGAGCAAAGAUAUGGUAAAGAUGAUUUGUAAAGAGUAUGAUGUGGAAGUCGUAGAUGCUGACCCAGUAAAGGUGGAAGAAGGGGCAAGAAAGAAAGAAAUACUUGAUGAAGAUGACCUAGACAAACUAGAAGACAGGCCUCCUGUCCUUACUAUAAUGGGCCAUGUGGAUCAUGGAAAGACAACCCUACUGGAUUACAUCCGGAAGAGCAAGGUUGCUGCCUCCGAGGCUGGUGGAAUUACACAAGGAAUUGGGGCAUAUAAGGUGCUUGUGCCAAUUGAUGGCAAGUUGCAGUCAUGUGUUUUUCUUGAUACUCCUGGACAUGAGGCAUUUGGAGCGAUGAGAGCCCGUGGAGCGAGGGUGACAGACAUAGCUAUCAUUGUUGUGGCUGCUGAUGAUGGAAUCCGCCCUCAAACAAAAGAGGCCAUCGCUCAUGCUAAAGCUGCUGGUGUGCCAAUAGUAAUAGCUAUAAAUAAGAUUGACAAGGAUGGAGCUAAUCCAGAACGAGUGAUGCAAGAGCUUUCUUCUAUUGGUCUAAUGCCGGAGGAUUGGGGUGGUGACGUUCCAAUGGUCCAGAUUAGUGCUCUUAAAGGGAAGAAUAUAGAUGACCUUUUGGAAACUGUUAUGCUAGUUGCAGAGUUGCAAGAGUUAAAGGCCAAUCCUGAUAGAAGUGCAAAAGGCACAGUCAUUGAGGCCGGUCUUGAUAAAUCUAGAGGACCUUUAGUUACACUUAUCGUGCAAAAUGGAACCCUUAGAAAGGGGGACAUAGUAGUUUGUGGAGAAGCCUUCGGAAAGAUACGGGCUUUAUUUGAUGAUGGUGGAAAUCGUGUCAAUGAAGCUGGACCCUCUAUACCUGUUCAGGUUAUUGGAUUAAAUAAUGUUCCUGUUGCUGGUGAUGAAUUUGAGGUUGUGAGCUCCCUUGAUAUUGCACGUGAAAGAGCAGAGUCACGUGCAGAGUCAUUGCGAGAUGAACGCAUAUCGGCUAAGGCUGGCGAUGGGAAGGUUACUCUUUCUUCCUUAGCUUCUGCAGUCUCGGCAGGAAAGCUGUCUGGACUUGACUUGCACCAGCUAAAUAUUAUUCUGAAGGUUGAUCUUCAGGGAUCUAUCGAGGCUAUCAGACAAGCCCUUCAAGUGCUCCCUCAAGAUAAUGUCACCUUGAAGUUUCUCAUGGAAACAACAGGUGAUGUAAACAACAGCGAUGUGGAUCUUGCCGCGGCUAGCAAAGCCAUAAUUUUGGGAUUCAAUGUCAAAGCUCCAGGUUCUGUUAAAAGCUAUGCUGAAAACAAAGGUGUUGAGAUUCGGCCAUAUAAAGUUAUCUAUGACCUUAUUGAUGAUGUACGAAAUGCAAUGGAAGGACUCCUACAGCCUGUUGAGGAACAAGUAACAAUUGGUUCUGCAGAAGUCCGAGCCAUAUUCAGCAGUGGCAGUGGUCGUGUUGCUGGUUGUAUGGUAAAUGAAGGAAAAGUUGUAAAAGGCUGCGGCAUUCAGGUCAUUCGAAGGGGAAAAGUAGUACAUGUUGGUGUUCUUGAUUCUUUAAAACGAGUCAAGGAAGUUGUGAAAGAGGUAAAUGCUGGACUAGAGUGUGGAAUUGGGGUGGAAGACUACGACGAUUUUGAGGAGGGAGACAUUCUUGAGGCCUUCAACACAGUCCAAAAGAAGCGGACACUUGAAGAGGCGUCUGCUUCCAUGGCAGCUGCGGUGGAAGGAACAGGAGUCGAAUACUAGAGAGGUGUGCAAUUGCUAAUGAAUCCCUUACGUCCGUGUUCUGGUAGGAUGAAAAUAUGUUUUGACCUCAAAUCAGGCAGGAGCAUAGCACCAUCUGCUCAGUGCUUUGACAUAGUGCUCAGCAUGUCUCAAUUGGCUAGCUCCCACAUGCGGCGUUUAUUUCGAGUGUGGGCUGCUAAGGAUGUCCUGUGCUUGCCAUGUACCAAAGUUGUAUGCUAUACACUGUAUAUAACUGUACACUAUAGCUUUCAGCUUCUUUUGUAAAGAGGGGACAUUCGUUCAAAUUCCUUAUAGUUCCAAUGUGGAGAGAUCACUUGUAAGUUGUAACAGAUACCAUUCGAUUUGAAAAAAAAGAUACCAAUUUUUUUGUGAUGCUCUAACUCGGAUGCAUCAUCUUAGUUUACUUUCGAUGGGUCUUGGAACUGAAUCUGCUUCGUCUCAUACACGAUACAGAUACAUCUGCACAGACAUGUUGAUUUGCUGCAGGG